GGAGAAGCCGGUUCCGGGUUUUGGCAGGCUGCAGGCGAGGAGUGGGUACGAAGUACUGUAAGAAGUUUGCCUAUCUGAGAAGGCCCACUUCUUGUUCAGUGGAUGAUGGCAUUUGAGCAGAUACCAAAGAAGAAUUGGUACAGCAUUCUGGGGGCAGACCCAUCUGCAAGUAUGUCAGACCUAAAACAAAAGUAUCAAAAACUCAUAUUACUGUAUCAUCCAGAUAAACAAAGUGCAGAUGUGCCAGCAGGAACAGUGGAGGAAUGUAUACAGAAGUUCAUCGAAAUUGAUCAGGCAUGGAAAAUUCUAGGGAAUGAAGAGACAAAAAAAGAGUAUGACCUGCAGCGGCAGGAAGGUGAUCUAAGAAAUACGGGACCAGUAGAUGCUCAAGUAUAUCUCGAAGAAAUGUGUUGGAAUGAAGAUGAUCACACUUUUUCUCUGAGUUGCCGAUGUGGUGGAAAAUACAGUGUUUCCAAGGAUGAAGCAGAAGAAGUUACCCUGGUUUCUUGUGAUACAUGUUCACUAAUAAUAGAACUCCUUCAUUAUGGCUGAAAUUGUUCACUAAAUGGGAUCCUU